AUGAGCAAUCAGCAUGGCUCGGGAGGAUUGGUUUUGUCUCUCGGACGUAAAAUUGUCUUCUUUUGCGUCUUGUACUGUUUUUCUUUAUUGACGAUUCAUUCAGUCCUUUCUCUCGAGGAAGGCAAGCCCGAACAAGUCUUGGAUGCAUCUGGUCAACAUCAAUUGACAAAGAAUGCAGACAAGAGCAGCCAUUCGUUGCCCGACACUUCUCCAAAAAAGCUCCAGGACAAAUUGGAUCAAGAAUAUCGCAUACAUGGUCGGCCUUAUGAAGGCAACCUGUGGGAGUUAUCCGAUUUCGCGCCAGCAUGGAUGAAAGAGUACUUCGAAUGGCACAAACAAGAGCGGUUUCGCUUACUUUCGAGUACAGAACCAGAUGUUUGGACAAAGACACCCCUGCUUGUCAUGCAGUGCUUGAAAGAAGAAGAUUCAAAGUGCGGAGGCACUGCUGAUCGAACAAAGCCCUUUCUCUUUUUGCUUCGUGAAGCAUACAUGACGAAACGAUUGAUGUUCAUUCAUUGGACUUUGCCAGCACACCUGGAAGAGUUCUUGGUCCCUCCGAUGGGAGGGAUGAACUGGAGAGCUCCAAAGCCACUUCAAGAUAUGUUGGUUCAAAGAAAGACGAAAGGCUUCAAGAUUUUCAAAGGUGAAAUUCUGAAGAGUAGCCGCUACAAAACCACUCCAAUCAUCCAAACGCGACUGCAAUCUGUGGAUGGUUUUCGAGAGCUGUACGACGACGAUUUGGUGUUAGGUGAAGCAAGCUUUGAAGAUGUAUUCCAUGAUGCAUGGAGAAUUCUCUUUACGCCGUCAGUGCCUGUCCAGCAGAUUCUGGAAUCGGAGUUUAGACGGAUGGGGCUGAUAUCAGGAAAGUAUUCGGCGGCUCACCUCCGCGCAUUGUAUGGUCGAGUUGAGAAGAGAACUGAAGAGCAAGUAUGGGCCCUGACAUCUAAUGCAGUAAACUGCGCAUCCAUGCUCUACCCUGGGACCCCCAUACUAAUGGCGUCUGAUCUUUCUCGAUGCACAGAAGUUGCCGUCGAAUAUGGCAAGCAGAAAGCUGCCAAAGUCGUUGCUCGUGAGCAAAUCUCACUGCCACUUCACUUGGACAAGGCCGACGGGAUGGAAAACCGAAAGCCAUCAGAAUUCUACGAUACCUUUGUCGAUCUCUAUUUGAUGGGUAUGGCUCGUUGCGUGACGUACAACCGAGGAGGCUUUGGUCAAUGGGCAUCUCUGCUGAGCCACAACUCAUCUUGCCAUCACAAUCAAAAGACUUCGAUCAAGGGAGUUGGCGCACCCUGCAACUGGACGGAAGGAAAUGGGAAUAGUGUUGUCGGUGCGAAUCAAGAGUCUCCAAUACCGCUGUUUGUGGAACCGAUGUCUUCGGACCCGUGA